CAGGGCUCAGACAGCACCGAGGGUAGUGAGAGAAGAAGGGGGUUCCCAUAGCACCAGGGGCUUAGGUCAGAGCCAGGAGCAUUCAGGAAGGGAAGGUGGUAGGGAGUCUGGAGGCACAUUGAGAGGGUCAGAGGAGAAGGGGCUUUGCUGGAGGCAGGAUGGGGACUCAGACAGCAGGGUGCAGGCUCAGAAAGAGCAGGGAGAACAGGCUUCCCGGGGCACUGAGCAGGGUCUAAGGCUCGGCUGCAGAGGACCAGCUCAGAGGGGGCAUCUGCACAUCCCAGGGUGGGAUGACCAGGGAUCUCUCCAGGGAAAAGGAAGCUUAUCAGGACCUUUCAGGAGUCGGGAGAUCAGUUGGGAACGAGUGUCCAAGAGAACAAGAAGGUGGGGGAACUCUGCGGGCAGCCGAGGUGGAGGACAGGCACUGGUUGAUGGACAUGUUGUGGGGGUCAGUGCACCUCAAGGGACAAGGGCCCAGGUAGGAUGGGUUCACAGGGAGGCCACAGGCCAGGGCAUGGGCAGGACUCCAGGGACACAAGUGUCCAGCCUCAGAGAGGGGCGAGGGGCCAGGGCCUGGGAGCAGAACACUUGGCCUUGCAGGCAGAGGAAAGGUGGGUGAAGGGCCUUUGUGCAGGGACAGGCUGGCCACAGGGUCCAAGACCAAGGCUGUGAGUGAGCUGGAUCAGUGAGGACGUCAAACUUGGGAAAAGGGGCAGGCCCUCCAGAGGAACUGGUCUGGAGGGGCAGCAGGGGUGCUGACGGUGGCUAAGGGCCUGAACUUGAUGUGCUUAGGACAGAGGGAUGGGAAGUGGCCUUAAGGGCUGGGGACUGUAGAGACAGGACCAUGCAAAGACGGGUGACCUGGAGGGGGUUUGGUGAGGUGCAGCCUAUUCAGGGACUGCGCUGCUGAGUUUGGAGCCAGAGACUCCAGAGGCACAGUGGGCAGGCCCAGGGCCCCGGCCAGUGCCCAGCCCUGCUGGGAGCCCCGGCCAGCACCACGGACGGCACCCAGGAAGCCCGAGUCCCCCUGGACGGGGCCUUCUGGAUUCCGAGGCCCCCCGUAGGUUCGCCCAAGGGCUGCUUUGCCUGUGUGUCCAAGCCCCCUGCCUUGCAGGCUCCAGCGGCCCCUGCCACUGAGCCCUCAGCCUCACCCCCCAUGGCACCCACUCUGUUCCCCAUGGAGUCCAAGAGCAGCAAGACAGACAGUGUGCGGGUGGCGGGGGGCCCCCAGGCCUGCAAGCACCUGGCGGAGAAGAAGACCAUGACGAACCCCACGACCGUCAUCGAGGUCUACCCGGACACCACCGAGGUGAACGACUACUACCUGUGGUCCAUCUUCAACUUCGUCUACCUCAACUUCUGCUGCCUGGGCUUCAUCGCCUUGGCCUACUCCCUCAAACACCACCAUCUCCCGUCAUGUGCACUCCAUCGUCAUGCCUGUGGACCUAGCCCCGGGCACCACCACGUGGGACCUGUGCACAUGAGGACGGACAUACCUCUAAGUGCUGUUGAGAAGAGUUGACACACGAGACACAGCCAGCCAGGGCUGGGCCUGGCCUGGGUCUCCACUUAGUAUUACUCUUGUUUCGUCUGCCCUUCCUUCUCCUCUGUUCCUACCUCGGUCACCCCAUCCUGCCCCAGUAGGACUCCACCCAGGCGCCCCCAUCAAUCCUCCAGCUUCCUCCAGACACCCAUCCUUCCCCAGCUGCUGGACGCCCAGCCACCUCCCUCCUCACCCCGCCUCUGCCCAUCCAGCCACCCUAUCCCACCACUUCCUGACCCACAUGUUGAAGCAAACAUGCUUCUUCCCAACUUCUCCCUUCCCGUUCACCCCACUGCACGGCUCCUACUCCAACCACGUGACCCCUUUCCUGAUCCCUCACCCAUUAGCUCUUCUCCCCUACUUUACCCACCGACACCCCCGACCUGUCAGUCCCUCCAGGUGACCAUCCGCCCGCCAUCCACCUCUCCACAUCUCCUCUCCCCCUUUCCCUCUGCCCAUUGGCCCUCCCGCAGGUCCCCCUCCCAUGAGUCCCUCUCUCCACACAGCACCCAGCUGAAACCCUGCCGCCUCACCCACUCCAACCUACUUCUUCCAUCUCGUUAUCUCCGCCCCUAUCCCAGGUCUGCCGUCUCCUCCUCUGGGCUCCUCCUCUCCCGUGCACACACUCACCCCCUUCCCUCACUCCCAACGCCGCCACGCUGUCCUCCUCCCUUCCUCCCCUGCACCCUCCCUGUGACAUCUCAUCACAGCCAUUCAUGAAGCCGUCCAUCUCCUAAUCGUGGAUUCACUCAGACUCCCCGCAUCUUCCCGCCACUUCUUCAUUACUAUGCUCACGGUGAAUCUGCAGUGACGAGAGACCCAGAGUUCCUGACCUUGGAGCAGACCUUUUGGCAGGGAAGCCAGACAAUUAUGAAACACUUGCGCGUGUCAUGUGGUGAUGUCAGCAAGAAAACAUGAACCAGCCACGGCCGAGGCGGCGGGCAGGGGCCGACGCUGCGUGGAGGGUGGGCAAAGCAGUCCUCUGUGGUGGGCGAUACGUGAGUGUAGGCAGGAAGUGAUUCACACAGUAGCCUAAAGGGCACCCGAGGAAGAGUGCACCCCGGAGAGGGCCCGCCACGCAGAGCCCUGAGGGAACGCCAGUUCCAUGGGCAGUAGGGCUGGGCCGUGGGGCAGGAGACCAGAGGGCAGCCAGGGCCCCGGCCACCUAGCCUUGCAAACCACACUUACUAGGAGUGAAAUGGAACUCUGAGAACAGGAAACAAAGGUCCAUGUGACCUGGCUCACAUAUAGGAGGGUGACUCGGGCCACUGUGUGAACAGCCCAUGAGGACACAGGCAGGAGAGGAGGACCAGGUGGGGACUGUCCUAAGAGUCCGGUUGGACCACAUGGUGGGCACAGGAAGCUAAGACCUAGGCCUUCGAGGACACUCGUCCCUGGGUGUCCUGGGAAGGUAAGGCCCAGGUCUCCACGUGGGUACCAAGACCUGAAGGUGCUAUAACCUCAGUGUUUGCGUAGGACCUAUGCGCAUCGUCCCCUACUCUCCUGUCUGCACAAGUUGACUCCCUGGAAGUGCUGUGUGAACAGUGGUUAUGCGGGAAGUCCAAUGCUGGGACUUCUUUAGAGCAAGCUUCACACCUAGAUCCUAUUUUUCUGUUCAUUCCCUGUCCCCUUGUCUGUAAAUGUAACUCCACUGGACAGAUUUGCUCUGUGCCUUGUUGUAUACCAGGUUGUGUGGAAAUUGCAGAGAGGAGGCUAAAGUCAA